CCAUCCUCCACGCAUCACGAGCUCGAUGGCGCAAUCCCUCCGAGCGCAAUGGCUUCGCCAGCCUCCUAAGGCCCCGCGCACGCCGCUAGGCACACACAAGCUUCCUGAUGAAAUCGGCGCGCUCAGAGAUUCGCUCGCGCGGCGGUUUGGCUUCGCCUCUCGGCUGCGGGACUCCCCUCCAUUGAUUAGCAACGAUACACGUGUCGCGCUGCCGAUUGGCCGCUCCGUGGAACCCGCAGGACGAUUGGCUAUUGGACGCCACGUGGCUGCUUUCCAAGCCGCGUCUUCAAGCGCUGCGAGCCUAGUCAGCGUCGCUGGUCGCCAGAGCUCGUUCUCCGGCAGAGCAGAUUCGCACAGCCUCCAUCGCUCCUUCCUGGCACCUUCCUCGGUUGCUUCAUCUGCAGCCAGGUCAGGAAGUGCCGUCUCAGGGACUGACGUGGCGGCUGACGUCAGCGGUAUUUGCCGACCUGAAUUUGCCGCUGAGCUGGCAGCAGCAGUGGAUGUGGUGGAGAGAGCAUGCCACGUGUGCGUUGCUGUCAGGGAGCAGAUGGUAGCGGCGGAGCAGGGCGGGUACAGCAGUGGGAGUGAGAGCGACAGCAGCAUGGACAAGACAGACAGAUCGCCCGUUACCGUCGCUGACUUUGCUGUUCAGGCUCUUGCUACUCUCGAGCUGGCUCAGCAGUUCCCCGGCACGCCUCUGGUGGGCGAGGAGGACGCCUCUCUGCUGCGCGCCGACAUGGCUGCUCGAAUCACACAAGCGGCAGCAGACGUGGAUGCUGCUGUGGCUGCGCCACCCAGCAGAGCAGCAGCAGGAGCUGCAUUCCCGCUGCCAUCGCUGGCAGAGCGGGUCACGGAUCUGGUGCACCGAUUCGCCUCGCCACACGCCGUGCCAUCGGGUGGAGGAGUGGGGGGCGCUUUGGAGGAGGCGGGUGAGGGGCGGGAAGCAGCGGUGGAGGCGGUGCUGGGAGCCAUUGACGCCGCUGCUGCUGCCACACACGAGCUAGAAGCUGCUGCUGGCGCUACUGCUAGGCACAAAAAAUACUGGGUCGUGGACCCUAUUGAUGGCACACGUGGCUUCCUUAAAGGCCAGCACAACCAGUACGCCGUCGGGUUGGCCCUUAUCGAGGAUGGAGAGGUCGUCCUAUCAGCCCUUGGCCUUCCCAACAUGCCUCUGCCACGUGGCGCAUCCUCAGCCUCUAUCUCGAGCCAUGCUGCUGACGUGGAAGGAUCAGCAGCAGCUCGUGAGGCUGGUGGCACGGGGAGCGAAUCAGGAAAUGACAUGUGGCAGAAGCCACGUGGAGUGAUUCUGGCAGCCAGCAAGGGAGGUGGGACGUGGAUGCGCCGACUGCACUACAGCAGCACCCCAAGUGUUAGUGACGUCAGUAGCGCUGCUGACGUCAGUAUUGUUGCUGACUCAGCGUAUCACAGGCUCCACGUGGAUGUGGGAGUGCGGAACCUGCUGGCACAUGGCACCACGCACGCUCACAGCGUGAGUGAGACACACCCUCUCAGUGGCAGCGAUGGCAGCCACUGGGAUGAUUACGGCCGCAGCAGCAGCCACACCGGCCGCAGCCACAGCAGCAGCAGCAGCAGCAGCCACGGAGGCAUGCAUGAAAGCCAUGGCGUUUCCAGCAGUGGUCACAGCCACAGCGGCAGCAGUGCUGCCAUGCCAGCAUACGGUGCACACAGUGCCAGCACCGCCAGCAGCGGCAGCAGCAGCACCACUACCAGCAGCAGCAGCGCCUUGUGUGUGUGCAUAUCGGACCAUGAGGUGUGGCCGUCGCUGCCCCUCGCCAAGGGCUUGGAGGCUGCCGCUCCCCAUGCCUCCCAGAUCACCGUGCUGCCGCUCUGCUGUGGCAGUCUGUGCAAGUAUGCGGCAGUGGCGCUGGGCCAUGCCGCAGUGUUCAUCCAGCAUCCCCUGCCAGGCAGCCCCCAGCUCAAGGUGUGGGACCACGCGGCGGGCGUGCUGUGCGUCACAGAGGCAGGCGGCCAGGUAACCGACUUUGCAGGGCAGCUGCUUGCUAUGGGAGGGGUAGCAGGAACGGAAGAACAGGAAGACCUAUUAGAAGCAGCAUCGGAGCACAGUGGUAGCAGUCACAGGAGCAGCAGCAGCAGCAGCAGCCAUGGCAGUUUGGCGCAUUUCGAGCCCCAUGGAGGGGGCGUGGUGGCGACUAAUGGUGUGCUGCACUCUCAAGUGCUGCACCAUCUGUCAAUAGGCCUGCGCAUGAGGCGCGGGUAAAGGGAAUCAGAAGAGGGUGGAUGCGGAAUGUUGUUGCCAAACAUAUGUGUGUAUGUUUAGUAGACUACAUAGGGUCAUGCCAUAGAGAGUACAACCCACUAGCUAUAUACCCCUGUAUACUCUCAUUCUAUCACACAACUCUAACUCUGAGAUGGUAUCAUG